AUGAUUCCUUCAUCAUAUUUCCUUCUUCUUUUCAUCACUUCUUCAUUAUUUUUGAUGAAUGCGUCAGCGGCAACAUUGGCAACAUGUCCAAGACAAUGCAUUUGUCACGAACACAGUAUUGCAUGCUCGUGAGUUCAUUUUUUAUUUGACAAUUCAUAAUAUGAUGAUAAAAACACGGUGAAUCAUGACAGCAGCGGAAAAAAAAAUAAAACAAAAAAAAUGAAAGGAAACUGUUCUGAUGAAAUGACGUGUGGGUGUUUAGGACGGACAUUUAGAAAGAAAAACAUUAAACUGACGAAUUUUUUGGAAGGGAGGGAGCCUAGAGUUAGGCUAACUUUGACGGAGUUUUCUUGGAACAGAAGCCGAAUUUACAAAAGUGGCACAAAUUACCGAAGAAAAAUUCAGAAAAUCCCAAAAAAACCGUUAUUUAAAUUUAGGUUACUAAUUUGCUAAGAAGGAGUUUACCUUAACUCCCAGAUAUUUGCUAGCGAAAAACGGAUUUUCCAUCAAAUUUCGUACUCAAUUCCAGCUUUUUGGCCUAAUUUUCAAUAUCGCGGGCUCUAUGCACAAAUCAAAUAUAUCCAUUUCUCAAGUGCUCGCUAAAUCUAAACCCAACCGAAAACAACAAUAAUAAACAACAUAAAUUAAGUUGAGAGCACUUGAAAUGAAAUUGAGCCACAAAUUUUUCGAUUUCUAUCCAAUUAUGGUCAAUUUCCUCCUCAUAAAACUAAAUAGCCAGAAAAAAGUACAGAAAAAUGAUAAUUUUAUCAGUAAAAAGUAAAAAAAUGUGUCAAUUUUGUUGAUAGAUAGAAAAUCGAUAGAAUUUGCAUAAAUUCUAUAUUAUUUUUUUUAUUGUGAUUUGACUAUGAUGGACAAGAGGUGGAAUAUGAGAAAAAGAAGAAUAAAAACGAGAGGAAAAACCCGAGGCAAAAGGGACAUUUGUAAUUCGAGACAAUGUCCACACAAAAACAGCCAAAUUUGAAACUUUUUUCGUGGAUUUUUUCGAGAGCAUGGGAUUGAGGAAUAUUGGGACUUGGGCUAACUAAUUUGGGAUGAAUUAUAGACCAAAAUCCGCAUUUUCAGCUGAAUUUAGAGCUCGACUACUGAAAAAAUCGUUCAGGAUACGAAUUUUAACUGAGGUAUUUCAAGAUUUUCAGUACAAAAACUAAAAUCUAAUCUAUGUAAACUUGGGUUUUCCGUAAAAAUUAGUCGGAUGAACGAAUUUUGAACCGAAAUUAGAAGGAAACCGACAUCUUUUCAGGGUUUCAAAACAAUUCCCCGGAAGAACAAUUUUUCGCUUCUAUUUCAAAAUUGAAUUUCGAAUUUGACAAAAUUCUAAUGAAACUUCGUACCUAAUUAUUUCCAGCCAAAACUAAGGUAACCCAGAUUUUUCAUCUGAAAAUUUAUCAAAGUUCCCGAAUAAUUUCCUAAAACUCCGCCCAGAAAAAGCUUUAUAGUAAAAGUUUCAUAGUUCCGUAGUAAAAUUUGAUAACCAAACCAAAAAUGAGGUCUGAUAAAAAUUCUGAUGACAAAUCGGAAAUUUUUUGGCAAAAAUCCAAAAGGUAGAUCAUAGGUCAAAAGAAAGAAAACCUUUUGAUGACUCACAAAUUUCCUGUUCAUAUGAAAUUUCGCAAGACAUCCUGAGUCAAUUUAUCCCAAAAAAGCCUCUGAUCAAAACCAGACCUAAUUUUCUCAGAUCUCUUCUAAAACAUCAACGAACAAGGCAAGCCAAAAACAAACAUGAUAAAGCAACAACAAAAAAUCGCUAACAAUACUAAAUUUUGUCUGAUACAUCAAAUAUAUGUACUAAAACGUUCCGGUGUGCUUUUUAAUAUUUAAAUGAUGACACAUAAUUUCCACAAAAUUCUAUGUAUUUUGUGAAAGGAGGCGAAAAAAGACAACUUUUUGACGAAACAAAAAUAGUGAGUCAUGACACGAAAACGGGGCGAAAAAGUAGUGGAAAAUAGAGAGAAGGAGACAGAAAUACAAUGUAUUAUUUUAUCGAUAACAACACAAACAAUACCAAUUUAUAUGUGAAAACGAAUCUAUGUGUUCUUUUUUUUUGUUGGUCAAUUGCCAUUGACAAGUUUGUGACACCGGAAAUUGUUACUUUGGGCAUGGUUUAGGAGGCGGGGCUAAUUUAUCGGAUGCAGGUGAAUUUGGUCUUCGGAUUUUUAGAAUCAAAAGUUUAGCCGUGCUCAGAAAAAGUCAAAAAUUUACGAAUUUUGGGUGAAAUUCGAAGACCAUCCCAGAAAACCAUGCCAAAUCGUUUUAAGGACAAAAAAAGCUAAAUUUAGGACUAAAACCAGAAUUUUCACAAGAAAAUCGAGUUUUUCAUGUCAAAAAGUCAGAAUUCGAAUACUAAACCAAGUCUAAACUAACUUUUCGUCAUUUUCAAACCUAAUUCAACUUAAAAGAACGUCUUUCGUCAAAACGAAAAGUUGUAAAACCGCGAAAAAAAUCAAAUAAAUUAUAUAGACUUGCAUCUUCUUUCCGACCUUUGUCUGGUGGUGGGAAAAUUGAAAAUAACUAACCAAAAGACACAAAAAAACCAUUUCGGUUUUCUUGUACUUUUUAUAUUAAAUGAGAAACAAAAAGGGUGAACACACAUACACUUCAACCUUUUCCAAACUAAAUUAGAUGCAGUUAGUUAGUUAUUUCGAAAUGUGUCAAGAGGUUCAAAAUGACUUGGGGUGAAAUUUUGCAAAAAACUAUGUUUUUUUGAUUUCUAAACCCAGCAAAAACAUGUUGGAUUACUAUUUUUCAAAGAAAAACAACAACAAUUAUAUUGUUUUGUUCUUUCAUUAGAAAAAUUUUUUUUCGAAUCGAAAAAUAUUUGCUUGACCAGAUGUUUUUAGUGUAAAGAAGAAUUUGGUGGAAUUUUCAGAAACGUACCAAAUUCCUGGAACUUGUUAGAUAGUGAAUAGGUGGAAAAUCAGAAAUAACUGAUUUUUUUGGAGGGAAAUCUUGAUUGUACGGGAGAAAAAAGAAGUUCACGUUUGAAAAUUCGAGAAAACGGACUUUAUUUUUGUUUUAAAAAAUCGAAAUGAUUUGCCACGUCAUAGGUCACUUAGAAAUCAUAAUUUUGUUUCGAAAUAUGUUGAAAUUUUUGGACAAAAUUCGAAAAAUGGGUAAAAUCAGUUGGAAAAUUGAAAUUUUCGUCAAAGCUCAAUCUUUCUGACGAUAUUUUCAGUCCAAAUGUGGAAAUUUGGAUACAAUUUUGAAAAUUACAUGAAUUUUCAGCUGGAAAAUUCAGAAAACAGAUAAAACUUCGAAAAAUCGUGAAUGCUGGAUGGAAUUCAGAAAAUUUCGUUUUUUCAAAGGAAAAUCACGAAAAUUCCCAAACUUCAAAAGAAAACGCAGAUUUCUCGGUUUGAAAACUUCUAGGACCAGACCGCAACUGGUCCUAAUUGGGACUAAGCCUAAAACCUUUAAGGCCAAAAUUUUUAGAGGUUUCUAAUUGAAAAGUGUCGGAAGAGUCCCAAAAAUAUGUGAUUUUUCACAAAAACCCCAAAAAUGACUCAAAAAACCAACAAAAAUUGCCAACAAAGGCGAAAAACGUAGUGCAAAACCUCUCAGAAACGCGGUCUGCGCACAUAGCGCCAAAAAUAGUCUCUUUUUCAUUGCAUAUAUAUGAAUUCAAACAAAAAAAACACAACACAGCGUUUUCUUCUUUGGAAAAACGCCAAACGCAAAUAGCGCGCGCGCGCGCGCGAGCAACUUCGCUCCACUGACAAUUUUUUGCCCAUUUCAAAAAAAAACCUUCAAAAAUGGAAGGGGGAGGAGGGAGGACAAGUAUGUAGUGCGCAGCCAAAAAACGAUGGUGUGUUUCGAAAUUUUUUCGACAAAAACGGAGAAAGGGCGAAAGUGUGAGGAAAAAUGAAUGUUUUUUGGGGGGGGGGGGGGGGGAAAAAAAGAAAAGAAAAAUUGUUCCGCGGGAAGAGGAGAAAUUAUGAAUCAUUAGAAUUUUUGGGGCGAAAAUUGGACAAAAAAUUGGAUUUUCUUAUGAAAUACGAAGAAAAUCGAAACUUUUUGCAAUUUCAGAUAAAUAUCCAGAAUUUGGCUGAAAAAUUUGAAAAAUCAAAGUUUUCAGGAAACUCCAAAGCUAGCAGAAAUCUAGAAAUGUUCUCAAUGGGGAAAAUUUCUAGGCUUCUGCAAGCUUCAGAGUUUCCUGAAAACUUUAAUUUUUCAACAUUUUUCAGCCAGAUUCUGGAUAUUUUUCUGAAAUCUCUGAAGCUUCCAACAUAAAUUUUAGAGAAAAUUCUUUUUUUUUUUCAAAACCAAAAACCCAACAAUUAUCAAAAUAUGAACCUAAUUUGCUAGAAAACCAGUUUUCCAGCAAAUUAGGUUCAUACUUCAAUAAUUGUUGGGUUUUCAGUUUUUAAAAUUUCAGAAUUUUGAAAAUAACACCUAAUUUUUGUUCAAACGUGAACUUUUGGCAAAGAAAAAUACAAAACGUAUAAAUAUUUCUCUCAAUUUUCUAUCUUUUCGUGUUUCUGUCGGUCAGUGAGUAAGUACUUAUAAGCGCUUUUAAAACAAAAUAUAAAUAAUAUACCGACAGAGAAAUAAUAAUUCGUUUAAACACAAAACAUAUACAAUUAUUUCGUUUGUUUUGGUAAAUAUAUGGGAAAAAGUGGCUCCCUGGAAAGGGGAGGGGGAAAACUUGAAAAAAACAUGGUAUUUUCAGAUGCGAUGGUGCUGAAAAUCCAGAAUUGAUUAUUGCAUCGCUUGGAAGCUCUUAUAUCACCUCACUAAUUGUGCAUUCUUGUGAAAAAGUGGGUUUUUGAUGUAAAAUCGUCUUUUUUGAACAAAAACUAGAAGUUUUUGUGAGAAAAUAUGGCCUCAAUGGUCUAAAAUCAUCUAGAUCCCAAGCAUUUACAGCACAAAAUCAAUAAAAACCGUUUUUCAGGUCACAAUUCUGAAUGGCAGUUUUGCCGGUGUUGUUCUAGUUGAACGACUAUCUUUCAUCGGAAUCGCAAAACUACACUUUGAAACAUCUGCUUUUCAAGAUAUUCUACAAAGUCCCAAACAAUUUGUCAUUGAUGAGGUUGGUUUUGAACUUCAAAAUGGAAAACCGCGCGAAAAACAAAGAAAAAAAGAGAAAAAACAAAAAGAAAUAUUUGAAAUUCUGUUUUCGCGGGGGGCGACACACGCGAUUUGACGCACAAUUGCGGACAGAUUAUUGGAGGCGGUUUGAAAAAUUGUGUUUUUUUUUUCGAGAAAAAUUAUUUUUUUAAACCAAAAAAUUACACAUUUUUGCGGUUAACCAAAAUUGUGAUUGAGCAAAUAUAAUUGUUUGAACAGCCUUAAAGCGUUCUUAUAUGUGUUUCGUGAAAAAAAUAAUUUUUAAUAAAUAAAACUUGAUUUUUCAGUGUGAAAUUCCAACAAUUUCGCCAAAUGCGUUCACCGGCCUCUCAAACAUUGAUCAUUUCUGGUUCCGGAAUUCAAAAAUUGGAGAGAUAAUGCCGGAAGCUUUUCACAAAUUGACAAAUCUUGAAUAUAUCUAUUUUCACAAGACGAAAAUUGAGAGAAUCAGGAGAAGAGGUUUCAGCAAAAUGUAUCAGAUUCGAAAUUUGUAUUUUAAGCAAGCAAUUGAGAUUGAUAAUGUGGAAGGUUUUGCGUUCAGGUGAGCCAGGCACGAGGAAGCGAAAAACAAAAAAAAAUGAAAGUUUGAAUUGGCGCACAAACACGGCGACGCAAAAAUGCACACAACAUAAAAAAUAAAAUAAAUUUUUUAGCGACUCUCAAAUCGAUGAAAUCAUCCUAGACGACACCGAAAUCGCCAACACCAAUCCUUCAUUUUUGAAAAACAUCUAUUCCCGAACUCUGAAAAUCGAAAACUCUUCAAUUUUCCUUGAAAACUCCCCGGAAAUCGAAGAUCCCCGCGAAAAAUCGAUAAAUAAUGUCGAAAAUUGCGCGAUUUCAAGAGCCAAAAUGAAUUUUAUCGAUUUUUCGAGUUUCGGAUGUCUGAAAAUUGAGAUAGAUUCGUCGAAAAUCAGUAGAAUUGCUGGGAGAAAUGUAAGGUUUUCAGAAAUUUUUUUUUGAAAAUAAAAAUUAUCAUAUAUUUUUCUCACAGGACUCCGUGCAAAUCCAUGUGGAAAAAAUCGAAUUUUCGAACUCUACAAUAGAUGUUUUGGAUCAAUUUGCCUUCUCAAAUCUAUCGCUAAACACCAUGAUUUUCGAAAAAGUUCGGAUUUCUCGAAUAUCCAGCCUAGGAUUUCAAAAAUCAAAAAUCAACGAAUUAAUUUUUGAAAAUUCAAUAAUUGGCGCCAUGGAAUCAUCAGCUUUUAAAAAAUCAAAUAUUCAAAAAAUCGAGUUUCAAUCAAUGGAUAUUUCUGAAAUUGAAGCGGAAGCUUUUGAUUCGAUGUGGAUUUCGAAAAUGAAUUUUGAAAAUUCAAAAAUCGAUCGGAUUUCGAAUAAUAUUAUGAAGAAUGUGAGAAUUGGAGAGUUGAGAAUUGAUGGAUCCAGAAUUCAUAAAUUGGAUGAUUUGGCGUUUUUUGGAGAGAAUUUGGUGAGCAUUUUCAAGAGAUUUUAGCUCAAAAAUCCGGAAAAACACUGUUUUUUCUUGAAAAUUUGAAGAUUUCCAGUUUUUUGGAUCAAAAAAUCUGAAAUUUUCAUUUUUUCUCUCAUUUUCAAUAUUUUAAUCAGCUCAAAACGGACUAAAAAUGACAAAUUUCCAAUUUUUCUAAUCAGAAAAUCCAUAUUUUGUUCCAAAACAUCUGAAAUUUCCAGAUUUUCAGCAGAAACUGCAAUUUUGUGACAUUUCCAUAAAAGUUUCAGACAAAAAUCGGAAUUUUUCAUUUUCAAACGACGCUCCGCGUUUACACCACCCCAAAAUCUUCCAGAUUGACACCUUCACUCUCACCGCCAGCGAUCUCUCCACCCCAACAUCCACGUCACCAAAACUUCUCUCACCCUCGCAUCCACCAAUCCACGUCACCAUCGCCAACAACACCAUCGAUUGCCACGUGGCAGCAAACUGUAACGCAUUCCUUCUGAAUCCACCCCAACACAAACCACUUCUCUGGCAAAUCGCCAACAAUAAAUGUCGGCCGCCCGCGAGGAAUUUGUGUCUCGAGACGAAUUCAAAGGCGCAUGAGGAGUACGGUAUCACGUGUCGAUUUACGUGGCAAAUUGCCGAGUGUUUUUGCGCGAAAAAUGCGGCGGUUUUGGAUUUUUCGAGAUUUUCCAAGGAUAUUUCGAUGGUUAUUAUAGGAGACUGUGAAAAUCUGGAAACUCGAGAUGCUUCGGAUUCCAAUAUCAAGCAGAUCUAUUUUUUUCGAAUUCAGAAUUUGGAGCUGAAAAAUCUCCCAAAGGCUCUUAAAGUUCUCAAGAUUUUCCACACAAAUUUCAAAAUUUCUUCGAAUUUUUCAAAUUUUUUGGAUGUUUUUGAGGUGUCUUCCUCUCAAAUCUCACCCAAAAUCCAUCAAAAUUCCAUCGGAAUCCGCGAUUUUUUGAUUGAAAAUUCCAAGAUUCCCAGAUUUCCCAAAGGAAGUUUCGAGGGAAAAAUCCGAAAUCUCACGAUUUUCGGAAGUUUUCUCGAGGAAUCCAGGAGGAUUUUCGAGCUGACAACGAUGCUCCGCUUGGAAAAUUCGAUGAUUUUCGAGGCGGCCGCGAAUUUGGGAAAUUUGGCGAGCGCCGAAUUUUUGAACAACACUAUUUUGGAGUGUUGCUCAGGUUAUACGCCGGAUUUGAGCCCAGAAAUGCCCGAUUCACGAUGUGAUAUGUAUUUUUAUGGUGUGAAAUGUUAUGGCGAAGAGAAUUUCGAGAGUUUGCCAAUGGUGGAUUUGGAAAAUGAUAGCUCAGGAUCGAAUUAUGGGAUUUUUGUGGUUUUUGUAUAUUUUUUUAUGUAUUUAUAAAGAUUUUCAUUGAUUUUUAAAAAGUUACAGGGAAAUACUGAUUUUAAACGAUGCUCCGCGUUUACACCGGGUAAAUUGGAGGUUUUUUUGAAAGUUUCAAACUGUUUUGACUCCGAAAUUCCGAUUUUAACUCUGAAAAUUUGAUUUUAAACGAUACUCCGCGUUUACACCGGGUAAAUUGGAGGUUAUUUGGAAUUUUUGAAAAUUUCGGUUUUUUUUUAACCGAAAAAAGACGCAUUUGAAUUGCCACGUCACAACCACGUCAUUUCUUCCCCAAUUUUCCACGUUUCCCUCAAUUUCCCCCCAUUUUUAUAUUCGAAAUCCCUGAAAAAUGCUGAAUUGUAUUUCAAUCUCUUUAUUUUCAAAUAUUUUCGUGUCAAUUGCACACAUUCUUCUAUUUUUGUCAUUCACAGCCAUCACAUUUUGUGCGAAAAACGAGAAAACAGCUGAAAAUGGCACGAAGAAGGUGCUGAAAACCCGGAAAAAGCUGUUUUCUUGGAUUUCUGCUGAACAGCCUCUUUUGCCAAGUAUGUUUCAGGCGAUUUUUCCGCGCGAUUUUCAGCAAGAAUUUGAUUUUCAGACGAGGUUCAUAAACCUAUCAAUGAAGCUGUGGCCGAAGGUUUGAUUCUGGACCCGAAGAACGUGAAAUACGUGAAGAAUAUCGAUCGAAAGGUAUUUUUUCUCAAAAUGUUGCAUACUGUAAUUUAUUUUGUGUGCAAUUCUGCGUGACGGUGUUUGCGGAAAUUUGAAUUUUUCACACACAAUUUCGAUUUUUCAUCGGGUUUUCAGCAAAAUCCACUGGAACAACGUCUGGAAAUCGAUCUAAAUCACAUUUCGGGUGAAAAAGAAGAAGAGGCACCGCUUUUCUCAACGGGACGAGUUCGAAUUCGUGAAUCGAAGUGUAAAUUGUAUGAGACUUGUGAUGUGAAAACGGCGGAUGAGGCGGAUGAGAAUAGUUUGAAGACUUGUCGAGCUUGA